ACACAGAAGAACCGAAGACAAAUAAUAACAAGUUCGUCCGAAUCAUCUGAGUUAUUACUCAUCAGUAGCGGCGAGCUCGUGGAGUCUUCAGUCAUGAAUCCUGCGAGCAACAGAGACGAUACGAGCCCUCCAGAGCACUACAUGCAGCAGAGCUCUUCAUCGUCCUCAUCAGCAGCAGCAGGAGGAGGAGGAGGAGGAGGAUCUGGAUCUGGUUUGUAUCUGGAUGCCUACGAGGUUUCUUUUCCCCUGGAGGAGACUAUCGAGAGGCCUCCUGCAUACCACCUGAACCAGGGUCAGCAGAUGAUGGACGAGCCUGUGGUGCAGGAGCCUCCUCAUCCUCAGUACAGCCCCUUCAUCCUGGUCUCUAACCUGCGCGCUCACCUGUACGUCGCUCUGGAGAAGAACGCCUGGCUGCAGAAGCGCAUCGAGGAGCUGGAGGAGGAACGCAACUUCCUGCGCUGUCAGCUGGACCGUUUCAUCGUCAGCAUGAGGAGUCCGGAGGAGUGGUGUGGAGACUCCCAGCGCGGCGUGAAGGUCCAGCCUGCCAGCUCUCCCUCCCCUCCCUCCCCUAUGACCACCAGGUCUGGAAUGACCCUGAAGCGCCUGCAGGGACCAGGACCCCGGACCCGCCGCAGCGCCGCCAUCCCUGUCAAGCAGGAGUUUCAUCUGGAGGAGGAUAAAUACUACACGGAGGACGAGUACGUGGAGGAAGAGGAGGAGGAGGAGGAGGAAGACGAGGACUCGUCGCAGGAGAAGGGCUCAAAGAGGAAGGGCCGAGGGCGAGCCAACGGAGAGCCCAGGAUGAAGAUGAGGAGGAUCUUCAGGAUCACCCACGGGAGGGAGAGACAGAGAGUUAAGGACCCAGACGGGGUUUUGAUUCGUUAUAAGAAGAUCCUGACCACCUACCAGCGGGUGAGGAGCAUGUCCCGAGCCUUCCAGAUCCAUGGAGUCGACCGGAACACCAUGGCCUCCACCUCCCCCAUCGCCGAGCUGCUGCUGGUGGCUCCAGAGAAGGUCGCUGAGGUCGGGGAGUUUGAGGCAUCAAAGGAGAAGCUUUUGGAUUACGCUCGGCGUUGCUACAAGACGAUGGACGACCAGACGCACGCCAAGGUCCAGACCAUGAAGAAGACUCACAAGCUGCUGCCGAUCUCCUAUAGGUUCAGAAACUGAGUGACAGGAAGCUCGGGUUGAUGGAAGGUUCCUACACCAAACACGUAGGUUUUCUCUUGUUUUUCCAGCAUUUUUUUCAACUUUUAUUUGAAGCAGAUAUAAGAAAUGUGAGUAUUAAAAGAUACAUUAGAGGACUGACUUAGUUCAAAUAUGAUUUUGGCCAACAAACUACCUCAUUUAUUGAAAACUUUGAUUGUUUGUUUAUGGUGCUGCUGUUGGUUGGCAGGAUGUUUUCUUUUCUGCUUUUCAGUUGUAUUGAUGGGGAUUUUCAUUGCUGAUUGAAGUCUCACGUUUUGCUUUAUGUCAGGAAUUAACUGCUGCUAUACAUUUGGUAUAUUCAGUAUAUUUAAUUUGUGUAGAAUGUUUUUCUUUUUGAAUAUGUACAGACUUCAGGUGGUGUUCACUGAAAGGACGUUGUGUAUCAAACGCAACAGAAAUAUUUAUAGUAUUUUGUAGUUUAUUAUUUGUUAAAAUAUGUACAUUUAAUAUAUACAUGAUUGAAAAAGAGCAUUUGUUUCAUCACAUAUCUCAUGUAUAUUUGUAUGUGUGUAUGUUAUUUAUUUUUUUGUCAUUCAAAGGUUUGAAAUGUCAUUGCAUACAACAAAGUAAAAUACUUUAAAUGUG